CCCCUACCAAAAAUUUCAUUUCUUCCUCGUUUCUCUCUGUUUCAAUGCCUUUCUCAGUGAAAACAGAGCAGAAUCCUACUGCUCCCGAUAUGUCGUCGAACCCAGCAGCAAUGUUACUGCCGCCGGGGUUCCGCUUCCACCCCACCGACGAGGAGCUCAUCCUCCACUACCUCGCCAACCGAGCCGCCGCGCAGCCGUGCCCGGCCCCGAUCAUAGCCGAGGUCGACAUCUACAAGUUCGAUCCUUGGGACCUCCCAGCCAAAGCGUGGUUUGGGGACAAGGAGUGGUACUUCUUCAGUCCGAGGGACCGGAAGUACCCGAACGGCCUCCGACCGAACCGCUCCGCCGGGAAGGGCUACUGGAAGGCGACCGGGACCGACAAGCCCAUCGCGUCGAGCAAGGGGAAUGGGAACAUUGGAGUGAAGAAGGUGCUGGUUUUCUACACCGGUAAACCGCCAAAGGGGACUAAAACCGAUUGGAUCAUGCACGAGUACCUUCUGUCUCAGGCGCACAAGAAGAUGAACAACAAUUGCAAAGCCAUGAAGCUCCGAGACUCUUCGACCUCGAGGCUGGACAAUUGGGUGCUCUGCAGAAUCCACAAGAGAUCCAGCUCCCACGAAGCAGAGAAAGAGACAUCAACAUCCGCAGACGAUGUGGGCGUUUCCAUCACUGCAAGUCCUCCAAGAACGACAACUCUUCUACGUGACAGCAUUCUGAACCUGCCGAAAUCCUACUCCUUGUCGGAGCUGCUGAGUGCCGUUGACUGUCCUGAGAUCUCCCAGUUGCUCGAGCACCCUUACGACGCGCUCGGCUUGUGGAACAACUCGUUCAGCCAAGAUCUCAGCAACAGCUGCUUCCAAAUCGAAACGCUCUCCCCUGUUUCAGUUUCAGAGAUCAACAACAGUAACUCGCUGAAGCGCCCCUUCACGACCAAUUACUGCUUCCAAGAUGGACCUAAAAUGUUUCCGGCAGAAAAAAAAGCAAGAACAGAAACUAAUUUAAAUUUGACAAAUCACCAAUCCUUCUUCAACCAACACGUCGUCGUGUCGGGAUCUCACUUGGGCUAAAGCUGUGAAGCCUGAGAGUAAGAACAGAGUACCUCUGACGUGGAAUUCAAGACCAAAAUUUAAUUUAUCGUGUAGAUUUCCUCGCGCGAUCUGUUGUGGAUAAUGAAUUAGUUAAACAGUUUGGGAAAAAAGAAUUGUGAUGGUUUUCCCGAGUGUGACGUCAUUGACCUGUGUUUCGUCUUAGGAUUGUGCUGUUGGAUAUGAAUUGUAUUGGAAAUAUUGAAUCUUUUGUCCUGUA